CAUAAGACACCAGACGUCAGGAACAGAGACAGUAGCUACUGUGAAUUGUGUAAAACUGUGGAAGAUCAGAGAAUGGACACUGAUGUGAAGGUACCUCUGAGCAGAAGGCAGAGCGAUCAAGCCAGCAGUAGUGGGGCCAGCAGACAGAAACAUAAACAGACUAAACCAGCAUACAUUUGGUCCCACGAGGAAGUGAUGAGAUGGUUCAAGAAGCAUUGUGCAGACUACUACAGAAAGUACGCAGAGGCUUUUACAUUCCACGAAAUUACAGGCCAGUCGCUGAUGCGUCUGACGGAUGAGAAGCUGGAGAGGAUGGGGAUCACUGACCAGGAGCACAGAGCAGACCUGAUGGGACAUCUGUACAGACUCAAGCUCAGACACGAAGGCAUGGAGCUCAGGGCACUGGAGAAAGGUCCAGGUCUGUGCUAUAGUGGGUGAGAAAGAUGUGUAUCCAUGACAUCAUGUAAGCAUAUCAAUCAUACCAAGGAAACUGAUCCAAGUCUUUCAGUGAGACCCUGUGCCAGAUGUACAUAGUAGUAUUCUUGAACAUCUGGGUUUG